AUGACAGGUGUGGUGUACUUGGAACUAAACGAUGAGGUAAAACGUGCCCUGUUACCACCAUCCGUAAACAGUAUCGAUACAGUGCGCGCUCUAUUUCUGCGCUCCUUUCCACAACUUACCUCACAGUACCUCAGCUCACCGCACGUUAAGAUCUAUAUCCAGGAAUCCUCCAAAGGCCAGCUUUUCUACGAGCUCGAUGAUCUCAAGUAA